GGCAGCUCUGAGGGCGCUUCCGGCGGCGGCGGUGGCGCCCGGGCGGGGCCAUGGGCCGGGGCGGGCCCGCCAUGCGCUACAACGAGCGGGAGCUGCUGUCCCUGGCCCGCCAGCCCGCCGAGAAAGCGGCCGAGAUCCGCAUGAGCGUCCCCAAGAAGGGCAACGUGCUCAAGAAGCGCCUGGUGAAGCUCGUGGUGAAUUUUCUCUUCUAUUUCCGCACCGAUGAGGCCGAGCCCAUUGGAGCUCUGCUGCUGGAGCACUGCAAGAUCACCAAAGAGGAGGAGAACGUUUUCUCCAUCAGUUUCAUCGAGGAGCCAGAGAGGAAAUACUGCUUUGAGUGUGCCACGGAGGAGCAGUGCCAGGAGUGGGUGGAGGCACUCAAGAGGGCCAGCUACGAGUUCCUGAGGAGGAGCCUGAUUUUCUACAGGAAUGAGAUCCAGAAGAUGACAGGGAAGGACCCCCUGGAGCAGUAUGGGAUCUCAGAGGAAGCUCGAUUCCAGCUGGGAGCACACAGGGAGCUGUAACCCUCCCCUGCUGCAGCCCCACACCGACCACGUGACUUUUUUAUUUAUUACCCAACCAUUUUGUAUUUUUUUUUAAGGAAUUCAUUGCACAUUCCCAGUGCCCCAGCUGGAGGGGCUGAGCUGCUCUGGGGGUGCUGCAGUGGGAGCAGAGCCCCCAGGCCUGGGGCUGGCAGAGCCCCCAGCUCCUCCAGGCCAUGCUGGGCCAGCUCCCCCCUCCUGCUCAGCUUCCCUGGCUCAGGAUCCUCCUGCAGUCCCCCAGGCCCAUCCCUGGUGUAAGAGGAUGGGACUGAUGCAUUUCUGGGCUCCACAUUAACCCCUCCUGCCCUCCAGGGAGGAGUGGGAAUUCCACAGCUCCAGCUGAUGGAGAGGAGCAUUUGCAGCCCUGUGCAGCCUUUUGGAGUUUCCUUUCCCUCCCCUGCAGUUCCUGGGGGCUGGAUGAGCCCAUCCAAAAGGACAAAGCUGCAGAGCAGGAGGGAACAAAGGCAGGGAGGGAUCCCUGUGUGAUCCAGAUGGAGGAGCUGGCAAAGGCAGGAGCUGCUCCCUUGGCUGGAGGAUGGAGCUGCAGGACAUGCACCAGCUCAGCCAGGCAUUAACCCUUCACUCCCUGAGCCACUGCUGCAGCUUUUCACCCCUCUGUGUGUCCCCUUUGUCCAAAGGGACAGACCAAAAACUGUGCCAAGGUGCCAUGAGCUGCCAGGGAAGCAGGGCUGCAGGGAGGAGCUCAGGAUAGGAGCAUCCCCAUAGGAUCAGCCCUGGCUCUGGCUGCACCAAGGAAAACUGCCCAGACAUGAGGGAUGAGGACACUCCCCACACCCAGGGCUGCUGCAGACCCAGAUUCCCGACUGCCUGAGCAGCUUCCCUGGACCCAGCCCGGGAAAACUCCCAGGAGAGGCCUCUGGGAAGGUGCCAGGGGUCCCUGUCAGAGGCUGCUGGCAGCAGGAAGGGGCUGGGCCUGGCCUGGCCUUUGGGAGCUGCAGCUCUGGGCGUUGUUCCCCUCCAGCUGCCCAGCCCAGGGCGGGGGUGGAGCAGCCUCUGAGCUGGGCUUGAAAGGAAUUUUGGGAUCUUUUUGGGAAUUAAUGCCCAAAUCACAGCCCACACUGCAGCCUUUGCAGUCCUGGUGUUCCCUCUUUACCUCAUGCAGCUGAGCACCAGGGUGACUCCUGUCACUGAGGCUUUAGUUUUUGAUCUCAAAGCUGAGAUUUUCCCUUUUCCCUCCCCAGAUCUCCCUUACCCUUGAAUCAUUCCAGGUGCUUGCUCAGAAAUUACCAAAAUCAGCUGAGGGCAGCUGCCCUGAGGGAUCAGCUGAGGGCAGCAGGGAGGGAGCAGAGUGCAGGGGGGGCUGCAGACAGAUGGCAGCUCCAGGGGAAGCAGCAGUGAGGGAUUAAGGGCAGGAACACACAGGAGCUGUGCUUUAGGGAAUCUGUGUCCUUGCAUGACUCCAAAGGGCAUUUCAGUCCUGCAUUUUUCCAAAGCAGAGCUGAGUUCUCAGCUGGGCCUGCCACCACUGUAGCAAAUGUGUCACCUGUGCCUUGCAGGCCACCUUGCCCAGGUGCAGCUGCCACCCUCCAGUGUCACUGUGCAGAAAAUGUUUUUUAUUUGCUGUUCCAGGGAACAGUUGGGUGAGCAAGAGCAAAGCCCAACAUUUGAAUGUUCAUCACCAAUGACAUUUCUUACCUGAAUGUACAACAAAAGCUGUGAAGAGUUCCAGGCCCAGGGACUCAAUCCAUUGUGGGGCAGGGCUGGGACACGGGGUGGGAUUUAAGAAUUUAGGGAUUUAGGGAGGGAGGUUGGUACUUUGUAGACACUUUGAAAUCUGCAUCAACUGCUGGUGAUUUACAGACAAUUGUUCAUUUUUUCACAUUCUGAUGACUUUGCUUGUUGUGUUUCAGCUGAGAGCCAUUUCUGUGUUGUACAGUGAACAUUCCCAAUAAAUCCUGUUUUAAUCUU